AUGCUUAAAGCACAGAAAAAUACAGUCAAACAACUUAAUUACUUCUUCAUUUACAGCUUUUUAAUUUAUCCAUUAUUUAGAAGUUGUUUUAUUACAGUUACAGCCAACUUUUUACGCGCUAUAUUUGAUGAACCAUCGGUUGGAACCUUCUUUGUAUCAGCAAUUGCUCUUGUUGUCCUUGGAUUAAUGAUUUUUAUGGUAAGAUUGUGCGCAUUUGCAACAGGAUCAUCACCAUCACCAAAUAUAUCGAAUCUCAUAGCAAUAUGGGCACCAAAUACAUGGGAAAGUGUGUUUUUUGAUGUAAUUAUCGUAAUAGGAUUUUUAAUCAUCGAAUUAGAAAGUACAGCAAAGAAAUUAUUGAUCAGUAUAUUAUUAAUCGUCCGAUUCGUCAUAUUAAUUACAUUAGUUUUUCUUCAUAUAGAUAAAAUUUAUUAUAUUCGCUUCAGCGCUUAUCAAUUUGUCAGCUGCAUGUUCCUUACCUUCGAUAUAUACAUGAUUGUUCUCAUAAUUUUGUCAUUUAAGCCCGGACUUAUCCCAUUUGCCGGAAUAAUUUCGAUUUGGCUACUUAUUCCUCUAUUUUGCUACAUAGGAUUGAAGAUUCGAUGCAUGCAUAUAUCUAAGACACUUCUAAAGAAACUGAAAAGUGUUGAUAAACCGGAAGUUAUGCCGAAACAAGGAACAAAAGCAGAAGAAGAAAUGUUUUCGGACAUUUAUUCGGAGAUGGACUUCAAAACAUCGAAGAUCGCACUCAUGGCCGUAAGAACUGCUUGCUACUGGAGCUUGGAUUGCUUUGCGGACUGUUCUUUGUUGAAAUACGUAAUUCAUACUUUUCCAGAUUUGCAGUUUCAGAUGCUUUAUAUGGCAUUUCUUAUACCUGAUAACAUAGGAUACUUGAAGACAUUGAUAGAUUCUUUCUUGUCUAAGCAAAAUCCCAGUUUUUUGCAGGCGGCAAUUUUAUAUCAACUUUUGACUUCAAUCCAAGAGUCGUCAAAUGAAGGAUGUCAAGCAAUAUCACGAGAAAUAUCCAAACAAACGCUCGCAAGUAUAAAAUGCGAGCAAGUUUUGUCAAAAUUUUGGUCUGGAUGCUACAAAGGUGACAUUUCUCAAAUGGCGAGGUCAGCGUUUACUUUACAUCAGAAUUUGAAGGAGCUUUCGGAUAAUUGGAAGCAGUUAGUCAUAAGAUAUCCUUAUUCCACGCCAAUUAUCAAGGAAUACAUAAAAUAUUUGGUUGGCGUUGGAACACAACAUCGAAUUGCAGAGUCAAUCCUUAAGAUUCACCCCAAACUUAUGGAUAAUGUCCAAUCAAAUAAUUCUCCUGACGCAAACGAAAUAAAUGAGUCUAUUUUGCACCAAAGCGUUGAAGAUGCUGUUGAUAGAAGACCAAUUAUUUCACUCCAUAGGGCUAGAGUGUUCAUUUUUAUUACUGUUUUCCUCGCAUUUCUGUUUAUCAUAUGCGCUAUCGUUCUAGCCUUUAUAUUUAUUAAUAUCAGCUAUGGAAUGAGUAAUUAUCUGUACUAUUCUGAUACAACUUGCAGUUUAAUUGUUCAUUCUCCAAAUUUAUUACAAAAAAUCAUUGUUUCAGGAACUCCUGGCAGAAAAUCCUUCUUUAAUCAUGCUAAAACCCUUGAUACUUCAAUCACUGGCCUCCUUUCUUCAAUGCCGUCAGGAAUUUUGAAAAAUAAUACUGAAUUAAGUGAAGAUUUGUACAGCCAAGUUAAUAAAUACAAUGUAUCAUCCCAGUCUGGCCUAGUGAAAGCACUCAGACUUUAUUCUUACUACGCAAGAUCGGUUCCAUUUGUUCCGGAUAACGAUACAUUGGUUUUUCUGAUGUCGAAAAAUACAUUCGGCAUUGCCUAUUCAGUUUUCUUGGCUUCUGAUGCUGAAUUGUCUUCAAUUCAAAAUAUCAUCUCAAAAGUUAAGAAGUAUAUACCAAUUUACUAUGGUGUAAUAUGGGGUGUUAUGCUUAUAAUUAUGAUUCCUUUCGUUUUUAAUGCUCUACAGAACGUCAAAUCGGAAUUAAAGUACAUAUUCAACCUUUACCUUACAAUUCCUCGCUCAGUGAUCACAGAAUUCAUGGAUCCGGACUCCAAGAAUAAGAAAGGAAAGACAGGAUUACCAAUAACUAAUAAUUUGCUUGAUCUGGAUCAAAAUGACGUAAAUAACCAAGCAACUGUGAGCGAAAAUGAGAACAAGGCUGCAGAAAACCUUAAAUUACUCGUCCAUGAUCAGUCAACGACUCAAUCUGUUUUACCAAACAAUUUUCAGAUCAAAGUAUGGAUAAUUCUUACUAGUGUGACAUUUACAUUACUUAUAGGUGCUACAAUUGAGGUUUCUUUGUUUACUUCUUUUGUAAAUGAAAUGAUGGUCGAAUUCAAGACAUUACAGAUACUUUCCAGGAGAAUCAUCGGCUGCUCUGUUGCUUUACAAGGUAUUGUUUCUAAUUUUUCGGACUUUCCAAGAGAUUUUUGCGAAAGUUUAUUAAAUUCUGCGAAAAAACAGAAUUCUCAGCUACUUUUGGCAAUCGACCAAAAAGAAGUCUCUCAAAAGUUCCUUACUUACCAGCCAGUUUAUGAUUUUGUCCAUGCAAACAAGUGCAAUGAUACAACAAACGUCAGCUGUUGGUCGUAUGCGAAUAUAAUGGAUUCAUUCUUAAUAUUCGCAACCCAGGCAUAUAAUAAUUCCAUUUCCGAUGACAAUUUCUUCAAAUGGACGGUAUUAUAUAACGAUUACUUGUAUCCUGAGUCUUAUCAGCUUCAUAAGAUUGGAUAUGACUUUAUUAUCAAGCAAUUUAAGACAGAAAGACUGAUUUUGUUGUGA